AUGCUGUUCCAGACUACUCUAGUCCUCCUCAUACUCCAGACGAGUAUUGUGGCAUCUGCGCCUUCGGAAGAGCCAGGAAUUCCCCUCAUUGACCGAAAAUUCGAUUAUGUGGUCGUUGGUGGUGGUACCGCUGGCAGCGUGAUUGCGACGCGACUAGCACAGAAUGACUUCGACGUUGCGUUGAUCGAAGCGGGGGCUUACUAUGAGCUUGAGUCUGUGGCUGAGUUUCCUGCAGCUGCUGCGCUGUCGAUGGGAUCAGAUCCUGCUUUCAGCUCACCGGUGGAUUGGGGUUUCGUGACAAGAGAUCAACCGGGUGCUAAUAGGCGGGCGAUUCAUUUCACCCGGGGAAAGUGUCUUGGGGGAUCUCCGACCCGCGAGUCUAUGGAACUAUGGGCAACUACAGUCAAUGACAGCAGUUACACAUUCGAUGAAGUGCUCCCAUUCUACAAAAAGAGCGUCCAGUUCACGCCUCCAAACACCCACUAUAGAGUUCAAAAUGCCUCUGCGGACUAUAAUGUCGAUGCCUACGACUCGGAUGGUGGCCCAUUGCAGGUGUCGUAUGCUAACUUCGCUCAGCCUUUCUCGUCAUGGAUGAGGCUCGGUAUGGAAGCUAUUGGCAUUCAUCGAGUAGAGGACUUCAACCUGGGUGCUAUAAAGGGAGCCCAGUAUUGUGCGUCGACUAUUAACGCAUCCACCCAGCUCCGAAGCAGCUCCGAAUCAUCGUUCCUAAACAAGAUCACGCCCGACUCACUGACGACCUAUAUAAAUACCCUUGCCAAGAAGGUGAUCUUUGAUGAAAAAAAGAGAGCAACAGGAGUCCAAGUGAAAGGUUUGCUGGGCAAUACCGUCACCCUUUCGGCAUCGGAAGAGGUUAUCAUCUCCGCCGGUGCCUUUCAGUCCCCCCAGCUGCUCAUGGUAUCUGGCAUUGGACCCCCUGACCAGUUAAAAGAGCAUGGAAUCAACAUUAUAGCCAAUCGACCAGGAGUCGGUCAGAACAUGUGGGAUCACCCGUUCUUUGCUCCUUCGUACCGAGUGCGGGUGACAACAUUCACUGAAUUUGCUACUAACCUGCUGUACGCGGCUGGCCAAAUUAUCGAAGGAUUAGUCGCCAAAAAUGGAUUUGUCACAAAUCCAAUCGCGGAUUUCCUGGCCUGGGAGAAGAUUCCGCGAUUCUUGCGCUCGGCUUUCUCUGAGCAAACGCACCGUAAACUGGUCAGAUUUCCAUCCGACUGGCCUGAAGCGGAGUACAUGUCUGGCGCAGGGUAUAUCGGCAACGUGUCAAAUCUCCUGGCAAACCAGCCAAGAGAUGGAUACCAGUAUGCCUCGAUACUCGGUGUUCUGAUCACACCCAUGUCCCGAGGGAAUGUCACUCUGAAGUCCGCAGAUACCUCAGAUCUGCCAGUGAUCAAUCCCAAUUGGCUCGAUGAUAAGGCUGAUCAGGAAGUUGUCGUUGCCAUGUUCAAGCGAAUACGUCAGGCUUUCCAGAGUGAAGCUAUGAAGCCAGUGCUCAUCGGCGAGGAGUAUAACCCUGGGCCGCACAUCCAGUCUGAUGAUCAGAUCCUCGAGUUUAUCAAGGAUAAUGUGAUGACUCUGUGGCAUCCGAGUUGUACUUGCAAGAUGGGAACUUCCUAUGAUGAGAUGGCGGUGGUUGACUCCCAAGCCCGGGUUUAUGGAGUGGACAGAUUGCGAGUAGUCGAUGCUAGCGCAUUUCCUUUUCUUCCUGCUGGUCAUCCUCAGUCAACGGUUUAUAUGCUUGCCGAGAAGAUCGCGCUGGAUAUAAUCCGGGGUUCCUAA